UUGCUUCAGCCGACGACAACUUGGCCGACGACGACGACGACGAGGACAAGGACUGAUACCCGACCAUGCCUUCCUCACCCAUAGGCUACAGCUCGGGGCUGCCCACCCCAUCUAUGUUCAAGAAGAAACGCUCCCCGUCGUCUCAGUCCUCUGGCAUGAGUUCUGCGGCUUCCUAUCUGGCGGCCGUAGCUCAAGCUGAUGCGCGUGCCAGAGUUCUGAAGGGUUCACCACCGACAUCAACACCCGCUCUCUCGUUCUCAUCGUCGGCGACAGGCUCUACGGAAGACUCCGUCCUCAGGGAGUUCGACUCUGGUGCGGAUGGUCCAUUAUGCUUCCCUCGCGUCCCACCGAAUUCCGAGCAGGUCUUCUCCACCGUGCACUCCGAAUUUGGUCAUUGCGCGAACGAGGAGUAUAGGCAUACGUCUGCCCAUCCGCCUGGCAAGGAUGUUGGGGAUCACGUCGAGAACGAGCCUCCGUACUACAUCGUCAUUACCACGUACUUCAGCUAUUUGAUCCUCAUCUGCUUGGGACACAUGCGCGACUUCUUCGGCAAACGGUUGUAUACCUCCCACUACAAACACUUGCUUCCUCACGAUGGAUAUGCACCGUUGAACUCUGAUUUCGACUCAUUCUACACCCGCCGACUCAAAACCCGUAUGGACGACUGUUUCUCUGCGCCUACCACAGGUGUUCCCGGACGCACAGUCAUGCUUCUGGACCGCGUAUCGGACGAUUACAACCGCACCUUCAAGCUCACGGGCACUCGUACACGCGGUCUCAACAUCUCGUCCUACAAUUAUCUCGGUUUCGCUCAAGCACGCGGCGGAUGCGCGGACGCUGUCGAGGACGGAAUCAAACGCUACGGUGUUGUAGUUGGAGGGGCUCGGAGGGAAGGCGGUACUUCGGAACUGCACAUUCAGGCUGAAGCCCUUGUCGCCCGUUUCGUUGGACAAGAGGAUGCGCUCAUUAGCUCUAUGGGUUUCGCGACCAACUCGACAAUCAUCCCCGCUUUGGUUUCGAAAGGAUGCCUCGUCAUCUCGGACGAGCUGAACCACGCCUCUAUCCGUGUCGGGGUCCGCAUGAGCGGCGCGAACGUUCGUACAUACAAGCACAAUGACAUGAAGCACCUGGAGAACAUUCUUCGCGAGGCUAUUAGCCAAGGCCAAACCAAGACGCAUCGUCCAUGGAAGAAGAUUCUGAUCAUUGUGGAGGGCUUGUUCAGCAUGGAAGGUACCGUGGUCAAUCUCCCGGCUCUCCUGGAACUCAAGAAACGUUACAAGUUUUACUUGUUCGUGGACGAAGCUCACUCCAUUGGCGCACUUGGUCCGCAUGGCCGUGGUGUUGCCGACUACUUCAAUAUUCCUCCAAAGUCAAUCGAUAUCCACAUGGGAACCUUCACGAAAUCAUUCGGUGCUGCAGGCGGUUACAUCGCGGGCAACAAGUCCUUAAUUGAUCGCCUGCGUCUUCGCGGUCACGGCGGAACGUACGCUGAAUCUAUGUCACCUCCUGUCAUCAUCCAGAUCAUCGCUAGUAUGGCGAGUAUCAUGGGUGUCGCAGCCGCUCCAAUCACCUCGAAGCACAGUGCUAGUUCCUCCAGCUCUUCCACCUCCACAGUCCAUCUGACACUCGAACAGCACCCCGGCCUCGCGCCCGCCGCAGCCCUACCCGCGUGGAUGAACCUCCCGGCCGCUCUCCGCGAUGGCUCCGAGGGCCUCAGCCGCCUCCGUCGUCUCAACUUCAACUCACGCUACCUCGCUCGUGGAUUGAACAAGCUGGGCAUGAUCACCUACGGGAUCUGCGAUUCUCCUGUCGUCCCCCUCCUCCUAUUCAACCCCGGAAAAAUGGCAGCCUUCCAUCGAUUCAUGCACACGCGCAAGAUACCUAUCGUCAUCGUCGUUGUCACCUAUCCCGCGACACCGCUCAUGACGUGCAGGGUUCGGUUCUGCGUUUCCGCGUCGCACACGAAGGACGAUAUCGACGUCGUGCUGGAGGCGUGUGACCAGGCUGGCGAUAUAUUCGACCUGAAGCAUUAUCCGGGCGAGAGGUGGUCGAUGCAAAAGAUCAAGGAUAAUGCUGUCGAGCUGGUCAAUAUGGAGGAGAUUUUAGUAUGAGGAGAUGUGCCGCGAAUGACUAUUAGAGAGCAAUAAGGAUGUUGUCGGUGUGUGCGAUAGUUUAAUGGAUCUACAUACCACCAUCUAAAGCACCUUACUACUGAACUCAUCUUCUUGCGUUGUAUAUUUUUAUCUUAUCCUUAACACGACCCGUAGACGAUCUGCUUCAGGCGUCUGCCUCUUCCAUAUACCUAUUAAUUUACCACCCACUGCAAUUGCUACUUGCACUUUUGGCGUUUCGCGGUGUGGCACCACCGGUGUUAUGCAAUCUUUAUGGGCGCUGUGAGCG